AUCAGCAAACGUUGAGGAGAUUGCGUUAACGUCAAAGCCGUUUCUCGUGCAAGCCGUUGAUAUCGAAGAAACAUAUUCAAUCAGUAGUGAUAUCUCAGGAAAUGUCUAAAUUUAUCUUAUCGUUCCACAAAAUCAAAACAAAUCGCUACCGUUUUUCACGUAACGAACGUUCAAUAUCAGUCUUUGUUUGACCAUCCGACCGACCGUGCUGAUACUCACCAAUCCGUUCGAAACGGAAACGCUCCGCGAGCACUAAUCCGCAGUGUUUCAUCAAGCUUGUCAUGUGAUAUUCAAUUUUUCGCUCAAACCAAUCUCGCCUGCACCAGUAGAAAUAAUCUCCACGGGAAUUAUGACCGACCAGCAGCAGCGCUACCCGGUGGCCGAUCGGAAUCGCCGUGCCAAGAUGCGGUUCCUCGAGGGAAUGAAAACCUUCUACGAAGCCAAGCGGAAGACCUCAGUCGAAUCGCUCCAGUCGGAGUCCGCCAAGAGUACUGCCUCUGUGCCGAAAAUCGAUUUGUCCGUUCCGGGGACACCGAUUUCCUCGCGCUAUCUGCGGUUGAGGCGCGAAUCGCAAUCAGAGGAAGUGGUUGAACCACAAGAACCGGUAUCAAUGCCGAAUGAGAUCGUGGUCAGCAGUUUGGUGAUUGAUAAAUUUUUGAAGGACAUGAAGGGACUUGGUCGAGAUGAGCCAAAACUUGAGGAGCAACAACACGCGGAGGUGGUCAAUCUGGAUAGCUCGAGCUCAGAGGACGAGUUAGAAACAAAAGAAGAUGCGGCCCAGCAAUAUUUUAAGGAAUCCGAAGAGAAAAAUGCAUAUCACCGAUCGUUCAGUGAAGCGGUGCAAACGUUGCACAGUUCAGAAGUCAAAAGUCCGGUUGUGAAAAGAUAUUUUGAGGAGUCUUCGGCAAAGCAUACCUAUACAAGAAAUUUCAACGAAGCGGUCAAUGAACUAAAUCCGGCUAAAGUAGAGGAUGAUCCUUUCAAAGCUGAUUCCGCAUCGAUAACGAAAGGUUACAAGUCAUCAGUACCGGGGACACCUAUCAGCUCAAAGCAUCUGGAUAAAUAUAAGAAACGAAAUUAUAUAAGCGAUUCAUCCGAUGACGAAGAUGAGGGUGAUUCAGUUGACAAUCGAGACCAAACGAGCCUGUCUGAUCCGUUGAAUAAAUUCAUCAAAGAAAUGGAAGCUUUGAAAACGACAAAGCCGGAUUUCAGCAAGACCGUCAAACCACGAGAAAAUCAAUUCUCAGUCGAUGAAUAUCUUAACACGUCGGAGUCGAAAAACAGUUACUCAAGAACAUUUUCCCAAGCUGCGCAAACGUUGAACUCAACUGAUGUCAAAGACCCAACCAUCAAAGACUAUUUCGAGCAAUCUGAUGCAAAGAAGACGUAUCGACGUGACUUUUCCGAGGUUUACCAGGAAAUCAAGCGUGAAGAAACCACUGUGCAGCAGGAAAAACCUAUUCAAGUUAUCGAACAGGUUGAACAGCCCAAGUUGGCCGAAAACCAUGUGGUCCGAAACGAUUCUUUGGAAGAGCUAUUCGGAACGUUCGUUCCACCCAAGCUGGGGGAGAAAGUAGUACAAAAUGACUUCUCUGUCAACUCUUAUUUGUCUUCAUCCGAUGCCAAGAAGUCCUACGCUAGAACUUUUUCUGAAGCUGCCCAAACGCUGUACACAACCGACGCCAAGGAUCCAUCUGUUCGGAAAUAUUUUGACCAGUCGGCGGCAAAAAAUGCAUUCCGAAGAGAGUUCUCCGAGGUCUACCAAGAAGUAGACGUGAAAAAUAUUACACGUGACGUUGUUCCCACCGUACCGACAUCAUCUGACCACCAGCAGAAAGAUAACAAUCGCAGCGAAAAUCCAAUUUCGCGCUCCAACGCCACUGACGGAUUACCACCAGUAAACGAUUCGCCUAAGCAGCUGCCACAAAGAAGUAUCUCCGUGCCCGGGACUCCUAUCAGUUCGAGAAAGCUCUGCCCCAGGGAGAAGCCACCGCGCUCCGCCGCCGAUUCGAAACCAGAGAGCGAUGGUAGCGGCGGCGGUGGCGGUUUUACGAGUGCGAAGUCGGGCAGCCAUUCGAAUUUGACGGCCACGGAACAUGCGGAGAAUGCGGCUUCUGCGUCGGUGAGGGGUCGAGCAGUGUCCGCGGCGGAGAACAACAUGGAUAAGGCGUUUUGGAUGAGCUUCGGUGCUUCUUAGAGUUAUUUUAGAUGUGUACCAUGAUGUUUGAUAAAAAGUUAAA